AUGGUUUUUAUACUUUUAACAAUCUCUGUCUUAUCAACUUAUUCGCAAGCUUGUCGACAAAGUGAGCCUCCAGAAUAUACUUAUUACUCGAAUAGUUAUAGUUAUAAUAGUUAUAAUAGUUAUUACGCUCAAGAGGAAUCAACAACAAUUCCACCUGAAUAUGAAGAGCCAGUGUUAUACACGCUCGAGGAAAUAAAAACCACUCGAGAAGUGGACAAAAGUGGAAUCCAGAACUCGUGGGAUGGCUGGACUCCGGCGCCGGAUAUAAAAAAUGAAUGGAAAGAGUGGCUUCAAGAGUACAAUGAAGAACAAAAUAAAACGGUACAAUCUGGUGAUAGCAAGCCUGACACUUCAAACAAUAUGAAGUAUAUUUUUCUCCCUUAUGAUCCAAAUAACGAAGACGAUCUAAAUCAUCCUAAUAAUCCAAAAAAUCCCAAUUAUAUGCCAUACGAUCCCAACAAUCCGGACGAUCCGAAUCAUCCGAACAAUCCUAACAACCCAUUAAAGCCUUUUAACCCGAAGGAUCCGGACGAUCCAAAUAAUCCAUUUAAUCCAAAUAACAUAGUUAAACCAUUUGAUCCCAACGACCAUAGUGAUCUAAACAAUCCAUACAAUCCUAAUAAUACUCAUACACCGUUUGAUUUAAAUGAUCCAAAUGAUCCUAAUAAUCCAUUUAAUGCAAAAAAUCCAAUGCGACCGUUCGAUCCAAGUGACCCGAACGAUCCAAAUCAUCCCAAUAAUAGAACCCCUGACAAUCCGUACAAUCCAUUCAACCCUGAUAAUAUAAAUACACCGUUUAAGCCAGAUGACCCAGACGAUCCAAAUAAUCCCCUUCACAAGGAUCAUCCGUAUAAUAUAGAUAAUGUAAAGAGCCCAUACGAUCCACUUAAUCAUGAUGAUCCGAAACAUCCGGCAUAUCAACCGGUAGUAGAAUACAUGUUUAUACCAUACGAUCCGGAUAACCCGAAGGAUCCAAAUCAUCCAGAUAAUCCAGAUAACCCGAAUUAUAAAGAAUAUGACCCAAAAAAUCUGGAUGACCCGAAUCAUCCGAACAAUCCUAAAAAUCCAUAUAAGCCUUUCAACCCGAAAGAUCCUGACGAUCCAAAUAAUCCAUUUAAUCCAAAUAACCUUUAUAGACCAUUUGACAUGAAUAAUCCGAAUGAUGUAAAUAAUCCAUAUAACCCAAAUAAUAUACAUACACCAUUCGAUGUCAAUAAAACAAAUGAUCCGAAUAAUCCAUACAAUCCUAAACACCCAUUAAGACCGUUUAUUGCAAAUGAUACAAAGGAUCCAAAUCACCCUAAUAACCAUGUCCCAAAUGACCCAAAUAAUCCAUUCAAUCCAAAUAAUGUGCACAAACCAUUUGACGCGGACAACCCUGACGAUCCAAAUAAUCCCCUUCAUCCUGAUCAUCCGUACAAUGAAAAUAAUGUAGAUAUACCGUACAAUAUUAGUAAUCAUAACGAUCCGAAUCAUCCUGCUAAUCCGAAUAAUCCGAAUAAUAAACGUUCUAAAAAAAAGAAACCAGGCUUUAGACCAAAUGUUACAGAGUACACAUUUAUUCCAUACGAUCCGAAUGACCCGAAGGAUCCAAAUCAUCCUAAUAAUCCGAAUAAUCCAAAUUAUAAACCAUACGAUCCGAAUGAUCAAACUGAUCCGAAUCAUCCUUAUAGUCCUAAGAACCCAUUUAAACCAUACAACCCGAAGGACCCAAACGAUCGUAACAAUCCAUUCAACCCAAAAAAUCCAUUUAGACCAUUUGAUCCUAAUGAUCACAAUGAUCCAAAUAAUCCUUUUAAUCCACACAAUCGACAUAGUCCAUUUCAAGUAAAUAAUCCGAAUCAUCCAAAUAAUCCCUUCAAUUGUAAAAACCCAUCUAGACCAUUCGAUCCAAAUAACCCAAACGACCCUAACCAUCCUAAUAAUAUUGUCCCAAAUAACCCGCAUAAUCCAUACAAUCCACACAACGUGCAUACACCAUUCGAUCCAAAUGAUCCAGACGAUAAGAAUAAUCCUGCUCAUCCAAGCCAUCCCUAUCAUCCGAGUAAAUUAAAAGCACCAUACGAUCCCUCUAAUUUUGAUGAUCCAUACAAUCCAGCUAAUCCAAACAAUCUGAAGAAGUUUCCGGAGGACCGUAGGCCAGAAAGCGGUUGGCCUGGAGAUUGGAAAGAUGUGGGUGCAGGUCAAGAUAGCGCGCCUAUCCCGCCAUGGGGGUACUCAGUUCAAAACAUUGGCAAACCACCAGACUGUUUACUGCAGGUACUCGCUGGGUUUUGCAGAUACAAAGAAAGUAUUCCCGAAAAAAGGUUUGCGUACAAUCCUUACAUAGAUGAAUGUGUCGAGUUUGAGUACAGCGGUUGCGAAGGCAACACGAAUAACUUUUCUACCGAGCUCCAGUGCCAACAAUAUUGCAUGGCGGCCCCCUCUUCUGGCUGUAGGGAAAAGACGGACAUCGUCGUCAAUAAUGCUUUAGGUUUUUACAAUUAA